GGACCGAGCGGAGCCGAGCGUUUCCGAGUACGGCCGAGCCGAGCCGAGCGGCCGGGAGUCGGUUGGUGCAGCUGCGUCCCCGCCGCUCAGCAGUCUGCGGCUCCGCCGUCGCCGCCGCCUCAGCGGGGCCUGCACCGGCCGACCGGCCGGCCGCCAGGAGAGAGGCCCGGAGCGCGGUGAGAGCCGCCCGGCCGCGGGCGCCGCCGCCGCCGCCGCCGCUGCCAGGACUGAAUUGCAACUGCAGAAGCAACAACAAGUGAACCUUUAAAGAUGCACACGGGACUGUAUAAAGUGAAGAGAGAUACUGGAGAAACCAAUGAAAUAAGAAAAAAGUAUAUUUCCCAGGUUUAAUAGGGAAAACUUGCUUUCUGCAAACUGAAAAAGCUGCCUUUGGAAACUCUCUGGCCCUCAUGCAGCAGCUGGAACUUGUACUGUGAGGCCUUUGACAGGACAAGCUGUCCCCAAGCCAUCACCCGGAGCAGUUGUCGCCAUGGCCAGCAAGCGGAAAUCCACCACCCCAUGCAUGAUUCCCGUGAAGACCGUGGUGCUGCAGGAAGCCGGUGCAGAGGCCCAGCCCGCCGAGGCUCUGCCCGAAGGACCCCCGCCGGACCUGCCCCCAGAAGCGCCUGCCACCAGCAGCGAGGUCGCCCAGGCCUCCAGCAAUACCGACAGCGCUGCGCUGGCCAACGGGCAUCAGAGCACUUUGGAUGGCUAUUUGUAUUCUUGUAAAUACUGUGAUUUCAGAUCCCAGGACAUAACCCAGUUUGUGGGGCACAUGAACUCCGCGCACACAGACUUUAAUGAAGACCCGACCUUCGUAUGCACUGAGUGCAGUUUUCUGGCAAACACUCCCGAGGGGCUUUCUCUGCACAACGCCAAGUGCCACCCGGGGGCAGCCAGCUUCCUGUGGAACGUGGCCACGCCAGACAAUCACGUGGUCGUGGAGCAGAGCAUCCCUGAGAGCACCAGCGCUCCUGACCCGCUGGGCGAGCCCAGCACUGACGGGACCGAUGAACAAGCCGAGAUCAUCAUCACCAAAACUCCAAUCAUGAAGAUAAUGAAAGGCAAAGCUGAAGCCAAAAAAAUUCAUACGCUCAAGGAAAACGUCCCCAGUCAACCUGCUGGUGAGACCUUACCAAACCCACCAGCUAGGGAAACAGAAGCGAAAGAAGGGGACCACUCCUUUGUCAAUGGGGCAGUUCCAGUCAGCCAGGCACCCAUCAACUCUGCCAAACCUCCCCAUACGACCAAUGGGCCCCUGCUGGGGACAGUGCCAGUUCUGCCAGCUGGUAUAGCACAGUUCCUCUCUCUCCAGCAGCAGCCCCCGGCACAUGCCCAGCACCACACCCACCAGCCACUGCCCACCUCCAAAUCCCUUCCCAAAGUGAUGAUCCCCUUGAGCAGCAUUCCAACAUACAAUGCGGCCAUGGACUCCAACAGCUUCUUGAAGAACUCUUUCCACAAGUUUCCCUACCCAACCAAAGCUGAGCUCUGCUAUUUGACUGUGGUUACCAAGUAUCCGGAAGAACAGCUCAAGAUCUGGUUCACAGCCCAGCGGCUGAAACAAGGGAUCAGUUGGUCCCCUGAAGAGAUCGAGGAUGCCCGGAAAAAGAUGUUCAAUACAGUCAUUCAGUCUGUCCCUCAGCCCACAAUCACCGUUCUGAAUACUCCUCUGGUUGCCAAUGCUGGCAACGUCCAGCAUCUCAUCCAGGCUGCCCUCCCAGGUCAUGUUGUGGGACAGCCAGAGGGAGCAGCAGGGGGACUUCUGGUCACUCAGCCACUGAUGGCCAAUGGGUUGCAGGCACCAAGCUCGUCUCUCCCUCUAGCAGUAACAUCCAUCCCCAAGCAGCCACCUGUUGCGCCCAUUAACACUGUGUGCUCAAACACGACAUCAGCAGUGAAGGUGGUCAAUGCAGCUCAGUCAUUGCUCACAGCGUGCCCGAGCAUCACUUCCCAAGCCUUCCUUGAUGCCAGCAUCUACAAAAAUAAGAAAUCUCAUGAACAGCUGUCAGCUCUGAAAGGCAGCUUCUGUCGGAACCAGUUCCCGGGACAGAGCGAAGUUGAGCAUCUGACCAAAGUGACCGGCCUGAGUACCAGGGAGGUGAGGAAAUGGUUCAGUGACCGGAGGUACCACUGCCGGAACCUGAAGGGCUCCCGGGUCAUGAUGCCCGGGGAUCCCAGCUCCAUCAUCAUUGACUCUGUGCCAGAGGUGCCCUUCUCCCCAGUGUCCAAGGCCCCUGAAGUGACCUGCAUCCCGACGGCAGCCACCCUGGCCACCCACCCUUCUGCCAAACGACAGUCCUGGCACCAGACCCCUGACUUCACACCAACCAAAUACAAGGAGCGAGCCCCCGAGCAACUCCGAGCCCUGGAGAGCAGUUUUGCACAAAACCCCCUUCCUCUCGACGAGGAAUUGGACCGCCUGAGGACUGAAACCAAAAUGACCCGGAGAGAGAUCGACAGCUGGUUUUCUGAGAGACGGAAAAAGGUGAACACCGAGGAGACCACCAAGGCUGAUGGGAGUGCCUGUCAGGAGGAGGAGGAGGCCGCCGAGGAUGAGGGGGGAGCAGAGGAGGCGGCCGGUGACCUGAGGGUCCCUGGGGAGAAUGGCUCCCCAGAAGUGCCCAGCAGCCACUCCUUGGCUGAACGCAAAGUCAGCCCCAUCAAGAUCAACCUGAAGAACCUGCGGGUCACUGAAGCCAAUGGCAAAGGCGAGCUACCCGGGCUGGGCGCCUGUGACCCUGAAGACGACGGGUCAAACAAACCGGCCCUGCAGCCGCCCGGCAAGGUGAGCUGCAAAAAGACGGCACAGCAGCGGCACCUGCUGCGCCAGCUCUUUGUGCAGACGCAGUGGCCGAGCACUCAGGACUACGACUCCAUCAUGGCCCAGACAGGCCUGCCACGGCCAGAGGUGGUGCGCUGGUUCGGAGACAGCAGGUAUGCCCUGAAGAAUGGCCAGCUCAAGUGGUACGAAGACUACAAGCGGGGCAACUUCCCACCAGGGCUAUUGGUCAUCGCCCCCGGCAACCGGGAGCUGCUGCAAGACUAUUACGUGACACACAAGACGCUGUAUGAAGAGGACCUGCAGAGCCUCUGCGAUAAGACCCAGAUGAGCUCCCAGCAGGUCAAGCAGUGGUUUGCUGAGAAAAUGGGUGAGGAGACCCGGGCCGUGGCAGACACAGGCAGUGAGGACCAGGGCCCUGGCGACCCUGCAGCAGUGCACAAAGGGCUGGGCGAUACCUAUUCAGAGGUGUCCGAAAACAGUGAGUCGUGGGAGCCCAGUGCCCCUGAGGCCAGCUCAGAGCCCUGUGACAUACCAAGUCCCCAGGCUGGUCGUCAGCUGGAAACGGACUGAAUUGAACCGAUUACUGUGAAGGACUGGCCAGUCGGGGAUGCCGCCUGCCACGUGGAAGGGCCCCACCCAACUCUCUGCUGCCACAUCCAUUCCCAUACCUGGCCCUGGGCGCACAGAGCUUCUGGAACCUCACAGACAGCCCAGAUCCCUCCUGUCACCUCCGGCCAGCCAUCACCAAGCAAGAGGGAGAGCAGAGUUCCCGUCAGUUCUUCCACAAUGUAGGACCUGUCCUUUGCCUUUCAGUGGAUAAAGUAGUUCAGAUUUCAUAGUCUUA